GCAAAAUAUCACCGCCCGCCAUAUUCGCCCGAGGUAUAUAUAAAGCAGUCUCUAGAAUCUAGUAUUAUAUUAUUGAUGAUCAUGAGAUGAAAUUGACAAGCCAGUUUUUCCCAUCCCCCCUAUCAAAAUAUUUACCUAAUAAAUAAAUGUUUUAUAAAAUACCUUUUAAAUAUUUACAAAUUUUCACGCCAUGUUAUAAUACAGACCUGUCGAACAUAAUUCUGACUUAAUAAUCGAUGCAUGGGGUGACUUGCUAUGCGUGGUAAAGCGGCGUGAUGGGCUAGAUUUAUAAUGCUACUAUAUUUGUCAGAUAAAAAAAAUUGACUGAAACGUCCAAUGAAAUCACUUUAGUGUGAAUUCAACGAUAAGAAAUGCAUAUAUAUUAUAAUACAAGAUUUCCAUGUACUGAUAACGAAACUUAUUAACGGCUUUAUUAACCGAAAUUCCCAUUUUCAGACGCCCUUUUGAUACAACAACAGAAAUUGACAGAAACAAAGGAUAUUUUAUGCAAUGAAACCUCACCGUGUUUCGAAGAUGGAGAAUGAUAGUUGCAGCCAAAUCCAAGUAAAUUUCUUUACAAAACACAAGGCGUAUUCUGUGCCACAAACACCGUUCUCUAUACCUGUUACUGUGAGUUGUGAUGAUCUGAGUGCAUUGAUAAACAGCCUCUUGCAACAAGAGAACAUAUUGAAUGAGGAUAAAAAAGUGGAAUUCGAUUUCCUCAUCUCUGAUCAGUACAUCACAGAAUCUUUACAAAAACAUAUAACAAAGCAAGAUGUAGAAACGGAAGAUGUGGUCAAAAUAGAAUAUAUAGAGAAAAAGGCUGCACCAUGGCCAGAAAAAAUGAUGCUUCAAAAUGACUGGGUUAGCUCAAUUGCUGUUUCAAGUGAUUGUAUUUUAUCUGGAAGCUAUGAUAAUAUGGUGUAUGUCUGGGAUAUGCAAGGGAACUGUUUAAACUCUAUAAAUGAACACACACAAGCAGUGAAGGCUGUUAACUGGAUAAGAAAAGAUAAAGAAAAAGCUAUUUUUUUAUCCUCAUCGCUUGAUCAGACUAUCAAAAUAUGUGAGUGCCCAUUGAACGAAGGUCGGUCAUCUUGUCUGUAUGUCUGUAAAGGACAUACGAAAAGUGUAGACUGUCUAGCUGUUCACCCAAAUGAAAUGAAGUUUUGCAGUGGUUCGUGGGAUAAAACACUUAAAUUAUGGUCAUCAGAUUUGUCAACAAACCCUGAUGACGGUGAUGAUGAAAAUAUACAGAAGAAAUCUAAAACUGAGCAAGAACAUAAAAGAAACAUAACUAGAACCCCGUUAAUGACAAUGACUGGCCACACAGAAGCCGUGUCUUCAGUGAUCUGGUCCGAAGAUCGUGAAGUUCUCAGUUGUGGUUGGGACCAUACAAUAAGAGUUUGGGAUGCUGGCUCUGGAAUUAAUAAACAUACUUUGACUGGUGGAAAAGCAUUUAAUUGUAUCUCUUAUUCACCUCAUUCCAAGCUGAUUGCUUCAGCUGGUGCAGAUAGACAUGUUAGAUUAUGGGAUCACAGGAUAAGAGAUGGUGCUGUUUUUCAGAAAACUCUAACCUCUCAUGAUGGUUGGCUAUCUUCUGUAGCCUGGUCACCAAGAAAUCAAUUUAUGUUGGUGUCCGGAUCUUAUGAUCAGACUCUUAUUUUAUGGGAUACGAGAAGUGCCACCACACCCCUGCAUGUUCUACGCGGACAUAAUGAUAAAGUGAUGUGUGUUGAUUGGUCCACAGAACAGUUUGUUAUCAGUGGAGGAGCAGACAAUCAGUUGAUCGUUCACCGUGUUUCAGGAAAGGAUGAAGAUACCAAUGACGAUGAUUCUACGGUUUAAAAACUGAAUAGCACAAAAACGCGGGAAGUUACGUGAAUAAUAAUGCACAAACACAACAUCGAAUGUUCAUCCU